AUGGCGAAAUCAAUCAUCAUCGUUUCUUUUUUCAUCAUCUAUUCUCUUGCCCUAUAUAGUCCAGCAACAUGUUUUAGAAGUAACUUAACAGAUUUUCUUUCAUUGCUGGCUUUAAGAAGCAUCGAUGUCGAUCCAAAUGGAGCUCUAAACUCAUGGAAUCAAAUGACAAGCUUUUGCACGUGGAACGGAGCCGCAUGCGGUCGCAGGUACCCGAAUAGAGUUGUUGCCAUAAAGUUGGAUUCUCAAGGCUUGAUUGGAUCACUCUCAUCUCAUAAAGGUAAUCUCUCAUUCCUUAGAGUAAUAAAUCUCGGAAAUAAUAUGUUCAAUGGCCGAAUUCCUCAAGUAAUCGGUCUUUUAAGAGGACUAGAGUAUAUAGAGUUUAGCAACAAUUCUUUCAUGGGAACAAUAAUGCCCGAAAAUAUUACCCAAUGGAAGAAUCUAGUUUAUCUUAAUUUGAUCGACAACAAUCUCUCCGGGCCCAUACCUUCGGAGCUUCGUUUUUUGGAGAAACUAGAAGCUCUAGGCUUGAGUGAGAACAAAAUUUCCGGGCCUAUCCCUCACUAUAUAGGAAACCUAACAUCUGUUAUACGAUUUUCUUUAAGGUCUUGCGACUUCAACGGAAAAAUUCCGGAUUUCCCAGCUUUUGAUUUUAGUGGUCUUCAUGGAUCCAUACCCUCUACUAUAGGCCUGACUCUCCCUAAUUUGAGUUUUCUUAGUUUGGGGAGGAAUCAAUUUAGUGGGAGGGUUCAGAUUUCAAUAUCGAACGCUUCUUCACUUGAAUCGUUGGUAUUAUCAUUCAAUGAUUUUCCCGGGCCAAUGCCAAUAUUCGGAGGUCUUUCGCGGUUUAGUUCCUUAUACGAUGCAGAAACCUUAGUUGAAGAUGAUUUUAGUUUCAUUUCAUCGCUCACGAAUUGCACAAACCUACGUGCUUUUGAUCUUUCUAGCCCAUUCAUUAGUGGUCAAAUCCCAGAAAGCAUCGGAAAUAUUACCGUUAACCUUGCUGCUAUAAGGAUUAGUGAUACACAACUACGAGGAAAAAUUCCAUCCGGUAUCGGAAACCUCGUUAGUCUCACUUACUUGUAUCUUGUUAACCAUCAUCUCGGUUCGAUUCCAUCUCAAGUUGGAUCUUUGUCGAGCCUAGUUAUGUUAGAUUUCUCCAACAACAGAUUGUCUGGACUUAUUCCGAACUCUUUAGCAACGUGCAUUAGCUUGGAACGACUUUACCUAGAGGCAACGGGUGGAUUCACCGAGACUAGCCUAGUAGGCGCCGGGAGUUUUGGAUAUGCUUACAAAGGUGUACUUGAUGACGAGGUGAUGGUUAUAGCCGUGAAAGUGCUUAAUCUUGUUGUUAAAGGAGCCUCCAAGAGCUUCUUGGCGGAAUACAAUGCCUUGAGAGGUAUCAGAAAUAUCAUGAAAAUAUUGAGUGUUUGUGAGAGCAUAGACUUCCAAGGAAACGAUUUCAAAGCAUUGGUUUAUGAAUUUAAGACUAACGGGAGUUUGGACAAAUGGUUGUACUUCAACGGCGAACAAGAAGAGGAAUCUGAUGCACAACUUAGAAAUCUUGAUUUGAUCGAGAGGCUCGAUAUCGCUAUCGAUGUUGCUCAUGCACUGGAGUAUCUCCAUUCCGGUAGUGGUUUGAUAAUUGUUCAUGGCGAUUUGAAGCCGAGUAAUAUUCUUUUAGAUGAAGAUAUGACUGCCUGUGUUGGUGAUUUCGGAUUGUCCAAUAUUGUUUCGAGUGUACUUCCACCGCAAUUGGGAUCUAGGGUACAAUCGGCUAUGUCCCUCAAGUAUGGGAUGAGUAACGUGAUCUCGACAGAGAAGGAUGUGUAUAGCUACGGCAUCCUCGUAUUGGAGAUGUUCACAAAUAAAAGGCCAACGGACGAUUCGUUCAUGGAUCAUGUCAAUCUUCACAAUUUUGUGGAUUCUACGUUGCCGGAUCAUGUGAUGGAAAUAUUGGAUCCCCAAGUUCAAAUAGGCCCUCGCCAGAAUAACAAUAUGUUCGAGGAUCGCAUGUCUUGCAUUCUUAAUAUUGGAGUGUCGUGUUCAAAUGAAAUGCCGAGAGACAGGAUUUCUAUGUCGGAUGUCGUUAGUGAAUUGAGUCUGUUUCAAAAAGAAUUAUCUAUAGCUAGUUGA